AUAUUUACUACGGAUUCUGAGUUUAAAUCGAAUGCAAUGAAGAGUACACGAAACUAUUCAAACUCUAAACGCCAUGCAACUGAAGGGCUUUUCCUUAUAUGGUCAAAGGCAGCUUAAUUUUGAUAAUUAUGAAAGCAGAGAAGCCAGAGGAAAUGUGUUCCAAUCCAAUAAUCGCCAGCAGAUGCAACCACAGCAACAGAACAAAUUCAAAUGGGUUGCCCCACACUUGUCAACUGGUUCCGAAGCUGCACCCCAGAUGCAGCAGCAGCAGCAGCAGUCACCACAAGAGAUUAUUUCAACUUUGUCUCGAGAAAUUUCAAAUUGGGAAGUUGGCAAAAUGUGGCUGUUAUCAUGUAUUAGUUUUGGCAAGUCAGGACCUUCCAUUCCAGGAAUGGUCGACAUGUCCCCCGAUGAGUUACGGUGUGAAGCUUAUAAUGCAUUGAAGAAUGAACAGUUUCAAAACUACGUUUUGAAAGUGCAGCAGAUGCACAAUGACUAUAGUGCAAAACGGCAGGAAUUGAAGAACCCUUCAGCACAGCUCAAAGAUAAAUUGAUCCAGUUUAUAGAAUCAAACAGAAGACAGUCCUUGGCCCCCGUCAGCAGUCCCUCAAGUCCAGCUCAGUCUUCAGCCUUUGGAUCUUCAAAUGCUUUCGGACAGUCUUUAAGUUUUGUGUCUGGAGCAUCAAAGGUGUUUGGACAGCAGGAGAGCGGUUCCACUCCUUUCCAGAGUCAGGGCAGUGCAUUUGGUGGCAACAGUUCAGGGAACAUGAUGUGCAAUUAUGCAAAUGUGCCAAAUCAAGGAAAUAAUACAUUUGGGAACGUCAGCAGUGUAUUUGGAGGCGUGCAGACAGCAGCUUCGCCAUUACAAAAUACAUUUGGGAAUUCUUCAACUUUAAAUACUGUGCAACCGAUAGGUGCAAACUCCCAAAUGAGUGUCUUUGGUAAUUCGGCCCCUUCGCUGAAUCAAAAUACUUCAUUUGGGUCUGUUUUUGGAAAUUCAUCAUUGUCGUCUAAUGUUAGCGCUAGCAGCGGGGCUGGUCUUUUUGGUAAACCUGGUCUUGCUCCUGCUCCUGCUCCUUCUCAGCAAAGUUCUGUAUUUGGGCAGCAACCGGUGCAGCAGUCUUCUGUGUUUGGAUCAGCCAUGCCAUCAGGUAUGACCGGGUCUGUUUUCGAUCAAGUCCCUUCUGUUGGUUCGUCAGUUUUCACUCCCCAGUCUCCACCAUCACUGGAAUCCUUGACAAUCUAUACACCAUUUGAAGAUCUCACCCCUCCUGAACUAGAACAAUAUCAAGCUCAGAAAUUUAUUCUAGGGAAAAUUCCAACUCGACCUCCUCCGAAAGAGCUUUGUUUUUAAUCAUAUAUUAAUUUAAGCAGUGAGUGCCAUAUGGUGGAUUAGCAAAAGAUGUUAUUUCAAGACCACAACAGGGUUUCAAUCUCUAGUUAGAGAGAGAGAGAGAGAGCCAUUUCUCUUUUAGCAUUUAUUUAAUCUUCUUAUGCACAUGGAAAAGGUAUGAACAUCACAACAUCAUUUUCCUUCCUGGAAAUCAAAAGAUUAAAAGAAACAAACAUCUAUUUCAAACAGAAAUAACUUCAUGACUGGUUGAUUUGGUAAUUCUGCUUUGUUUACUGGUUGCAAUAACAAUAUCACUACAAUUAAAAAUACAGUUCUAAAUUAUGCAUUAUCUCGUUAACCAAUCCUUUUAUUAUAAACUCACAUAAAACUUAAAUAACUCAUAUAAAACUUAAAUACCUGUGGAUAGAAACAACAGUAUUUUACUACAGAAGUGGUGAGUGCAGUAAAGUUGUGGAAAACCAGUUUCUGCUGUCAGAUCGACAAUUCUGGAACUUAUUUCUUUUAAUUCCUGGUUCUUACAACCAUUUCAUGUAAUUUACAUUGUUAUUGCCUUUUGAAAAGGUAUGACUGGUGUGCACUUAUGUUUCUUUACUCUGAUACACAUGACUCAAAAAAAAAAAAAAUAAUAAUAAUAAAACUAUGAGAAUUUACUAAAACAAAUAACUAAAUUAGCAAUUAG